CAAAAUGGCAGUUGCCGAUCGCGAAAGGAUGGAAUAUCUCUUUAAUGCCACUUACACUGAGUGUAAAGAAGAGUUGCCUUUCAAAAAGUAUAUCCCCAUUUGCGAGCUCCUGGAGAAGUGCGGCGUUGAUCUAGGUAAAUCGUAUCGAACAGACCGAUCAGCCGCUGAGUUGUCAGAUCACAUUUCUGGGGUCAUGAAAGGAAAUCUUGAUGAAGAUUUAAAGGAUGCUAGAUAUUUGUCAGUUUUAUGCGAUUGCAGCACCGAUACCUGUGUAAAAUCACAAGAAUUAUUUUACGUGUUAUAUGUGAAUAAGAACGGUCGUAGUACUUGCAAAUUGAUGUCGGUUGAAACAGUUGAAAACGAUGAUGCUGCAGGGCUGAAGGAAGCUAUGAACGAAGCUUUUGCCCGUUUUGGCAUUACAAACUUUGAAUCAAAACUAGCUGCAACUGGUCUAGAUGGGGCAAGUGUUAAUAUGGGGAGAAAUACUGGUUUAGCAGCUCGUCUAAAAGAAGUCGCUCCUUGGCUCACUGUAGUCCACUGCUUCAAUCACCGUCUAGAAUUAGCUGCUGCCGACGCAUUCAAUGCUACGUUUUUUGCACAAGUAGAUGAAAUAUUGCGUCAACUGUUUUCUCUGUACCAGAAGUCACCCAAGAAACUGAGAGAGCUGAAAAAACUAGCUGAAGUGUAUGGAGAAACUGUCUCUAAGAAAGUCGAUACGUUAGACGCAUCAAGCUGCAGCAAACAUGCUUAUUUUUCGGACCAAGACUCGUCAGAAAGUGACUAAUCGUGUACUAUAACAUGAUAACUUGUAAAUAUGUAUACGUUGAUAAAAUGUUAUAAAAAUAUUACGUUCUAAAAAUAUUA